AUGAAACAGACUCAACUUUACUGCCUUAAGCAUUUCUGCAGUUCUUCCUCAGCCGUGGCCCCCAGCUGUCUCCAGACGCAUGGGGUGUGGCGGUUGACAUCCCCGCCGCCCCUUCUCCAGCAGGCGUCCUGCCCCACCCCCUCACGACAGCUGCGGGCCACCAAGAAGGUGGCCCGGCUCCAAGCCCUUGUGCGGGGCCGCGGGGCCCGCGCCCUCCUCCCGCGGGUGAUCGUCCGGCCAAGUGGGCGCGUCCCGCCGGGGCCGCCGGGAUCUGGUGUCCGCUGCAGCUGGCAGUGCGGCGGGCGCCGGCACGGGCACAAUCGCCGACGGCGUUGGCUAUUAAUAACGCUCCGGGCGAGCCCGGGGUCGCGUAGCCAUGGCCAGCCCGGAACCCAUGCGCGGCGGGGACGGCGCCCGGGCCGCGAGGUAGGAUCCUCCAGGGCCCGUUUCACCGCCCGGGAAACACACACCGAGGCCAGUUUUCCUCUUCAGGACUCAGAAUCCCCGAAGGAGGCCAAGACCUUUAACCCAGAGGCCACUCUGUCUUUGGAGGGGACUGUGAACCUAGAAGACAUUCUCUAUCUGGGGGCAUCGGGGGACUUUGAAGAGAGUCUUUAUGAGGAGGAGGGGUCUGAGAAGCCGGAGCAGACACUGUAUAUCGAGGAAUCGAGGCAGCCUGACGAAGCACUGGACCUGGAAGAGCCUGUGAGUCCAGAGGAGACGCUGUUUGUGGAGGAAUCCGUGAGGCCAGAUGAGGUACAAUUUUCGGAGCAGCCUGUGGAGCUAGCUAAGAGCCCAACUGCUGGUGAGGGAAAAAUGGUGGCCACAGAGGAAAGCCUUCCAGCUCAACCGAUUCCCAGCGCAGAGGAGGACCUCAGCGUGGAGGACCUGGAGUUGCUGGAAGGCCGUUUCCAGCAGUGUGUACAAGCUGUGUCUCAGCUGGAAGAGGAGAGGGACCAGCUCAUCCACGAGCUAGUGCUGCUCAGGGAGCCAGCCCUGCAGGAGGUGCAGCAAGUCCACCAGGACAUCCUGGCUGCCUACAAGCUGCAUGCACAGGCAGAGCUGGAGAGGGACGGGCUCAGGGAGGAGAUCCGGAUGGUGAAGCAGAAGUUGUUCAAGGUGACCAAGGAGUGCGUGGCUUACCAAUACCAGCUGGAGUGCCGCCAGCAGGACGUGGCUCAGUUUGCCGAUUGCAGGGAAGCGCUGACCACUCGGGCAGCCCAGCUCUCUGGAGAACUGACCCAGCUCCGAGAUGCCUAUCAGAAGCAGAAGGAGCAGUUGCAGCAGCAACUCGAAGCACCCCCGUCCCAGAGCGAUGGGCAGUUUCUCCAGGAGAGCCGACGGCUGUCGACACAGUUUGAAAAUCUCAUGGCAGAAAGCCGCCAGGACCUGGAGGAGGAGUAUGAACCUCAGCUGCUUCGGCUCCUGGAAAGGAAAGAGGCGGGGACCAAAGCUCUGCAGGACACCCAGGCAGAGAUCCAGGAGAUGAGGGAGGCUCUGAGACCUCUGGAAGCGGAGGCCCGGCAGCUCCAGCUUCAGAACAGGAACCUGGAGGACCAGAUCACUCUCGUGAGGCAAAAACGAGACGAAGAGGUUCAACAGUACAGGGAGCAGCUGGAGGAGAUGGAGGAGAGACAGAGGCAGUUACGCAGUGGGGUGCAAGUUCAGCAACAGAAGAACAAGGAGAUGGAGCGGCUGAGGACAAGCCUUGCGGAAGAGCUUUCUACAUAUAAGGCUAUGCUACCCAAGAGUCUGGAACAGGCUGAUGCACCUACUUCUCAGGCAGGUGGAGUGGAGGCACAAUCCCCAGGGACUGUUUAGAAAUGUAUGGUUGGAUCUGUAACCCAGAAACAACAAAACAUUUAUCAAAGGAUCACUAGGGAUGGACUUUCUCCAAACAGAUAAAGAGUACCAGCACCUGGCAAGCAAUUCACCCUGUAAAAUUACAAACACUGGCUGGCUUGCCUAAAAAGUUUAAGUUGGCUGGAAGCAGAAUCCCAGUCAACUCCGAUCUGGAUUCUUUUUUGCAGACUGCUGGUCCUGACCGCAGUGCACUAUGGAAGGGGAAAUGAGCCUUUUAUCUUCUAGCAGAACCCUGAGUAAUGGAUGUAUCACCGCACCCUGAAGUAUUGUGAAGAACGUUAUGGACUGCUUUGUGCUGACCCAAAUCAAGAACACCUGAGGGAAAAUGCUGGGGUCAAAAGGCAGCCAGUUUUUGCUGUACAGAUCCACAGCAGAUUCUUUUGUGCUACAGGUAUUAGAUUUUUAAAUGACUCCGCUCACAAAGCCAUCUUCCCCUUCAAGUCUACACUCACAUAAUUUACUCUUAAAAUAGUCAUAUUAAAAAAAACCACCAUCACCAUAAGACCCCACUUAUAUAGCCCUGGGUGGCCCAGAACUCACUUUUUAGACAAUGUUGGACCUGAACUCAGAGAUCUGCCUGCCUCUACCUCUGGAGUGCUGGGAUUAAAGGAAUGACGACAGGCUUGCUUUUUGAGACCAGGUCUCAAGUAGUCUAGGCUGGUUUCUAUCUUGUUAUUGUAGGUCAGGGUGACCUUGAACUUCUGAUCUUGCUUCUACCUCCCAACCGAUGGGACUACAGGUGCGCACCAUCCAGCACGACCCAAGACACGCCCCACCCCUCCAGACUAUUACGAUAGUACGAUAUGUCGCUCUGGCUGUCCUGGAACUCAGGAAGAACUCAAACUCACAGAAAUCUACUUGUCUCUGACUCACAAGAGCUAGGAUUAAAAUUAUGUGCCAUCAUACUCAGCCUGAUCAUUUUUAAUUCAUGCUAACGUUACCAGAAGUCCUAGGAAUCACUUCAGAUUUGGACCAGACAUUUCAUUUCUCAAACUUUCCCCCAGACCAUAAAUGGUUCUGGAGGUGAGACUCACCUAGUCAGUCCAAGCAAAAGCAGUUAUUUUUUACGGUUAUCACCAAGUGGCAAUAAAGGCGCCGACUCUUAAGUCUAUACUUUAAAAGUAGGGCUCCCAAUGAAAAACAUUUGUCAGAUACAAGCUCUCUGUACACAGUUCAAGUGUCUUUCAAAUUUAAACUCUGCCUUAAGUUCUCUAUCACACUGCCUUUGAGAUUUUUGGAAACAUAUGUAGCUCCUAGAAAAGACUUCAAGAAUAUGUAAUUUUACCAAGGCUGGUUUGUGUACUCUAUUCAGUAAUGUCUUCAAUUUCCCCAACUGGAGUAAAGUUCUCUUUUAUCUAUG